AUGUCGCAGUUUCGUGACACGUUCACAAAGGAAGAGCAGCGCGAGCCGCUGCUGGACUACGACGACAGUGCAUUUAUGUUUUAUCUCUGCACUGUUUCGUUCUGCACAGUCGUCCCCUGGACCUUUUUCUCCCUGAAGAAGGUCUUCUACCCGGGAUCGUAUGCGAAACGCUACCCGGAGAAGACCAAGGCGGGCUCGGUGUACGUACACUGCAAGUGUUCAGAGUGCGUGAAGAAGAGAGAGCGCGAGAGCGCUCAGGCGGAUCGGUGGACAAAACGCGUGUUAGGCGGCUACGCGUGGGUCGAGAAACUCGCGCUGUUGCUUGCUUGGCUUGCGCUCCUAUACCUCUGCGUCAACCUGCCGGAAAUGAAAAACCUCAAGACGUUCGAUCCAUUCGACAUUCUGCAAGUCGAGCCGGGCGCCACAAACAGAGAAAUAAAGAAGGCGUACCGCCUGAUGUCGCUCAAGUACCACCCGGACAAGAACGUCAACGACCCGACUAGCGCAGCGAAAUUCAUUCUGGUUGCAAAGGCCUACCAAUCCCUUACAGAUCCUACUGCCAAGGCGAACUACGAGAAGUACGGGAACCCCGACGGGCCAGGCAACAUGAAAGUUGGCAUGGGUUUGCCGCGCUUCUUGGUCGAGGAGAAGUAUCAGUUGCUGGUUCUCUCGUGCUUCUUUCUCUUUCUCCUUGUUCUGCUUCCCAUGGUCUUCAUAUGCUACUACCAGCGACAAAAGAAAUAUGCGCCGAACGGCGUGCUAGUGGAGACCCUUCAGUUCCUCACGCACUACAUGACAGAAGGCAGUCGCCUGCGGAACUUCCCUGAGUACCUCAGUGCCUCGGGCGAGAGCCGCGCGAUGUCUGUCGAGAAGGAGGACGACGUGGAGAUGCGGGCGAUCAUCGACCAUGUCGUGGAGCCGAAGAAACGCGUUUUGAACACGCCCGUCAUCGUCAGGAACUACUACCUCAUCCUUGCCCACAUGCAGCGCUUCCACCACCUCAUGAGCGAUCGGCUGCGCGGUGUACUCGACGAGCUCUUGAAGGUGUCUUUGCCAAUCACCCAGUGCAUGGCGGAGAUCUGCGUGCUGAGCGACUGGCUCCACGCGGCGACAUCCGUCAUCGAGUUCCGCAGGUGCCUGGUACAGGGCCUCGACAGUCGCUGUUCGACGCUCCUGCAAGUUCCUCACUUCACGCCCGACGUCGUGCGGCACUGCCAGCGAGGCAAGCACGCCGCUCGCGAGCUGGGCGACUUCCUGCGGCAAGAUCCGGAGGAGCGGAAGGGGCUCGUCGAGAUGGAUCCCUCGCAGCAGCUGGACGUUCAGGCUUUCUGCCACCAGGUGUCGCGCAUGAAGAUGGACGCGACAGUUUUCGUUGAGGACGAAUCAGAAAUCGUCGUCGGCGAUUUCGCCACCUGCCAGGUCACUCUCACGCGCAUGAAUCUCAAGGAAGGCGAGGCGGCGGGCGCAGUCCACGCGCCUCUGCUGCCGUUGGCUAAGUACGAAGAGUGGUGGAUUUUCCUCAUCGACAAGUCGGAGAGCGCGUCCACUGGAGGGCGCGUGCUAAACUUUGUUCGCUGCAAGUCGCCUGAGCGCGUGGUGGAGGAGCGAAUCCAGUUCCGCAUCAAUCGCGUGGGGAAGCAGAGCGUUAUCGCCCUCGCCAUGUGCGACUCCUACUCGGGCUGCGACUGCGCGGCUGAAAUCGAAUUCAGAGCUUACCACCCUGAGGAGAAACCGCGCCCGGUGUGGAUCCACCCUGAGGAUUUGCGCCUGGACGAAGAACCCACUCUCUUCCAGCAAAUGCUCGGCGAGAUUUACAACUCGAGCGACGAAGAAGAGAGCUUCGACUUGGACGAAAACAUGCGCGUGGCCGUGAAGAAGAAGGCACCGGAGGAGGCGAAGCCGCAGGACGCCGCCGGAAGCGCGCAAGGCGCCGCGCAGACUUCGCCGUCAACGGCUGCAGCGAGCGCGAAAAACGAAAACGCGAGUCCACAGACUGUAUCGGGAGAGGAGCAAAACGGAGCUGAGAAAGAGGGUCAGUGA